AUGCACCGUUGUCAACGAUCAGAACCCAAUGAAAUACUUUUCGAAGAUCAAGUUACAUUAAGUGAUGGCCGUUCGAAACCAUAUCUUGUUUUGCUUCAAUUAACUUCUGAAUCAUUAAUAAUUCGACCUCGCAAUACAAUUUCAACGUCGUCAUUGAAUAACAAAGAAAUUCAAACAGUCGAGCCAAGACAUGUUAUCAUUGCAAGAAAUUCAAUUACACGUUCAUUUGGUUUUUCAAUUAAAGGUGGCAGUGACACUGGUUUUCCUAUUCUUAUUUCGCGUGUUCUUGAUAUCAAUGCUCAUUUGUUAAAUAUUGGUGAUGCAAUUUUCAAAAUUAAUAAUGAAGAUAUAUCGAAUUUAACUCAUGAUCAAGUUAUUUCAAAACUACGUGAUGUUCGAAAUAAUCACGUUAAUCUAACUAUCAAAUAUAUGAAUAACAUGGCUACCUAUUUACGUUUAACAUCACAAAAAUUUAGACCGUCAGUUUCAAUACUACAGAAUUAUCUGACAAUACCAAAUAUAUUGUCAAAUAGAGCUAGACGAGAUCAAAAAGUCAGAUCAGCAAUAUAUCCAUAUGAAUAUAAUAGUUAUGCUAAACAAAAUGAUUUACCAUUGGCAAUAUCAGAGAAACUAAAAAAUACUGAUGAUUCCAUCGUUAAUCUAACAGAUCAAUUUCGAAAAUAUUCUCUUCUAUAUGCGUAUGUUAGCCAAUAUAUAAAUGGUACAGAUGAAUGCCGUAUCAAUGCUUUUCAAUUACAUACUCUGAGUGGGUCUCAAACAGGUAUUAUCAUAACUGAUACAGCCAUGGAACAAAACAUGUGGAUAUCACGUAUAAAUAUAGUUAUACAAAAUCUAACAGCACGUCUAUUAGCUGAACUAAAUCAAACAUUGGUAUCAUGUGAACAAGUAUUUUAUGCUACGUGGAUUCAUGAACGAAUUAUGUAUCCAAAUGAAAAUCAUUUACCAGAAUGGCAAGCUAUAUUUAUAGUCUUUAAAGGUGCUAAUCUUUAUAUAUUUGAUCGAAAUCAAUCGCCACCAUUAUGCAAUUCUGACUUUAUAUGUUGUACUCGUGUAUAUCCUCUAAUUGAAAUAUUUAUUGGAACUGUCACAUCAAAAUGUUCUAUUAAACAUCGUCGAUAUUGUAUUAAACUAGUUUUACCAAAUCAUUCAACAAAUGAAUGUCGUUAUUUAAGUUUAGAAAGAAAACACGAAUAUGAUGAUUUUAUAUUAAAUUAUCAACGAUCAAUUUGUAUGUCUGUUUAUUCAAUUAAAAAUCGAACAUUUGGUUGUGUUUAUCGAGGACAAAUAUGUCGUUUAAUAAUUGACAUCAAUAACGGUUUUGAAAUGUAUAAUAAUCAAACAAAUAUUAUUUUAUGGGCAUUUGCAUUCGAACAACUUCAGUCAACUUCUGAUAAUGGACAUGAUAAAAUAUAUCUUCAAUUUAAAUUUAACAUACCAUCAAAUAAUAACGAAAUAAUUAUAGACAUGAAUAUUCAAUGUCAACAUUUAAGAAUACUUGUUCAUGUAAUUAAUGCAUUUUUAACUGCUAGAUUUAUUAGUCGACGCGAUCAUACGAUUGAUAACAUCAAAAUAUAUUGA